GCUGCGGCUUCCCCUCUCGCUCGGCUUGUUGGGAGCGCUACAACGUCUCCGGCUUCGAAAAUAUUGCACAAACCAACCUGGGGGUGUUGUUGUUUCACCGGCCGCUCUCUUACUAAAUAAAUGCAUCACGUAAAGAAACUAAAAAUGGCCGCGCGCGCGGCAUCAUCGUCAGCUGCUCAUGCCGACGAAGAACACCGGCUCUCUAGCGGAGGGCGGCGACGGUACUUCGGCUCAGUGGAGCUGGGCGGCGCGGCCGGGCAAGUCAACACCAACGACGUCGUCGAAAUCGCGGAUCAACCAGGCCGCCAACAACAACGCGGGGUGGCCCAGGUGCUGUCGAUGUGGGAGGAUGAUUUAACGGGGGCGGUAAAAUUCCGCGCGCGAUGGCUGGUGCGCUCCUCGGAUCUGUCGAAGGAGGCCUUGUCAAGGCUUCGAACGGGCCGCCGCCGGUCUGCGGGCGACGGCAGCGGCGGCGAGGAGAAGCCAGGUUUGAAAGGCAAUUCUUUGCCCGAUCAAUCUCGAGAAACAGACGACGACGACGAGGUUUUUCUCACGACCAAGGAAGAAGAUCUCGACGCGGAUGCAAUCGUGAAGCCAGUGGCGAUCUCUGUGGCCGCGAGCGCGGCGAUCGACACCCUUCGGAAACCGAAGCGAAAGACGGGGCCCCGACUCACCCACGCCUUCGACGCUUCCUCCGGCGACUUUACCCCGGUGAAGGAUACGCACGCAAUCAUCACGCGCGCCAGAGCUCGCCAGGCGGAGGGUCUUGCAAGCGCAUCAAGUGCCUCCGAGAACAGUGCUGGUGCGACGGGCAGUAAGCCCGUGGCACAGGGUCGCCCGUGGUUUCUACCAAAGCGGAAAGACAGACAAGCGGCUGGCCGCGGGAGGGAUAUGGUGGAAACGCCAGCGCGUGGCACCAGCAAGGAACAAGAUUCGAGUGGCAGCAACGGGGAUCCUAGCGUCGCCACCGACUCGGAGGACCGGGGGGUUGAAAAGGACGAACACCAAGAAGGCAGCAACGACAACGACGACGAGAAAAAAUCAAGUAGGGGUAGCGGCGCUGCGGCCGCUUCCGCUUCCCCCGCCUCCGCCGACAACAGCAGCGAUGAAGCCUUAACACCGAGGAAGUCGGGCCGGCAGAAGAAGCUUCGGCAGUCGCUGAACGGCCGUGAGGCUGUGGAGGUUCCGUGGCACGGGCGCCGUCCCGGUGUUUCGGAGAUUGAGCGCCAAGGGCCGCCUCGCCCCGCUCGUUCUCGACGCCUGGUGAUGGCCUCCGCGGACCCCCCUCGCCCUCGACGCCUGGCGAUACCUCCCGCGAAUACAGCAGGGGCCGCUGCAAAGUGUGCAGGAGGCGGCGCCGUGCCCCACGCGGCCGACGUGGGAGGGUCCCCUGGCUCUGUGCGGACGCGCAGGUCUGCCGCGGGUGCAGCGGGAGCUCCGCCGUCGCUGAUGGGGAGCUCAACGGCACCUACCGCCGAGCUAAUACUUUCGGGCAAAAGGAAACGAACUCCCACAGCCAAGCGCAUGGAGGGGGACAACGAGCCAUGCGAGGCAGAAGCACCUGAUUUCAUCCCGCCCCGGCGGACUCUCGUCGGCGAGGACCACCAGGUGGAUAUUCCAGACCUUCUGCCUGCUGAGGAUAGAAGCAAAGCGGCGGCGGCAGGCCGUGCCGAGGGGACCGGCGCCGAGAUGGUCUGGCAAAGUGUCCGCGAUUGGGACCCGCACUCCCGUGGCAUGUUGGCGGGGUACCUUCAGGCAGCCAACACUAUGGUCAGGUCGAAGCAGGCCCGCCCAGGGGUGGCUAUCCACGUGCGCCUCGGCGGCAAGAAUGAAGAUGGCGGCGGCGGUGCCAGCACCAGCAAUGGCAACAACAACAGCUACGCCGUGUGGGCGCUCACGACUGGCGUUAGCAGCGCCUCCGGGGAUGUUCGAGUUGCGUGCUCGGAGAUCGCCCAGACGGAAAUUCCAGCCUCUGCCAUCCAGAGGUGCGAAGAAGAGGCCCUGGAGGCGCUGGUGAAAACGAACUGCGUCCUUGACAACUUCGAGCCGGCCCUCAAAAUGCUAGCGGAUAGCACGACGUCGCCAGAGAGCGUACAGCCGUGGUCGCUGGAUCAGGUUAGAACCCUCGAGGCCGCGCUGGACAAAGAUUUCGACGUCAACGGGCGUUCGCAGGGCUGGGCUCGGCCCGGGAUAGACAUGGAUCGUGAGGACUUCAUAGACAUCGCUAAAGUUAGCAAGGAGGUCCCGGGAAAAACGCCCGCACAGGUGUUGCAAUUCUACUUCAGAUAUCUUGCUGCCGCAAGGCCUCUGACAGACGUCGUCUACGGCCCAGAGGCGGCCGAGGCACGAAAGAGAGAGAAGCUCUCAAACGAUGACUCGGACGUGGAGAUACCGGUGACCCCUCGAGGGGCCUCCGGACGACCCGCCCGAAGCGGCUCAGACACCAGUCCGUCACAUCGUGUCACGAAGCAAGAGCCUGCCGGAACGCGCAGAGUCAGCCCCUCUCCUAACGGCAGCGAAGAACCCCGCGAGGCGACCACGAGCCCGAAAGGCACCGGGUCGCGCACGGCAUCGACCUCCGGCCUGCCAAUGCGGGGCGACGGCCCGCGCACCGGUGACAAUGGUAGCGACAGUACUCACGGGACACGAAAAGACCGCCCCUCUGAAGGGAGCGAAGCAGCUCCCGGGCCCCGUCCGCGUGACGCGGAGAUACUGCAGGUGGAGAGCGGUGACGACAGAAGCAAUCAUCGCACGUCUCGAACAUCAGCGCCUGUCGCUCGGGGCCCUGGAGAGCAAGACUCACGGUCCAGCCAAGCCGUCCCUCAGAGGAGGACUGUGUGGCGGCCGAUAUCAACCCCAGCGCCAAAUCAGCACCCGUCGGAAGGACUUUCGAUGCCACCGCGCUCGGUGCCGGGCAGAGUGCGAGACCAGCGUUCUGAUGGUGGGAGUGAUGUGGUCAUGGCAGAGGGUCGGUCAGGCUUUGGUGGAGGUGAACAAGUGUUCGGAUUCAUGGCCCCGUGCUGGCAUAUAUUGGAGAGGGCGCACGCCUACAUGGACCCGGAUCAACUUUCUUACAUGAAAAGUCUCAUCCUCGCUCAUCUCAGGAGGCCCAUGUCAAGGGAUCAGCUGCUUAAGAGGGUCAAGAGUUGCCUUCACGAGCAACAGCACAUCUACACCGCCUUUGUCAAGAUGUUUGAUCACGUUGACCAGACCCCGCUGAUGCCGCUAUUUCCGGCGACGAGAAGGACCCCGGCGGUCAUGCCACCCCAAGGACAUGUCCCUCAUGCCGCCUUUGCCGCCUACCCUCCCCCGGUAGAAGGUCCUCCCUACAUGAUACGCGGCACGACGCUAGGGAGUGGCGGCGGCAGCGGCGGCGGCAGCAGCGGCAGCGUGCGAAGGGGGGCGGCGCCGUCCUAUUUCUACCCGGGAAUGGCUGCUGCUCCCGAAGCCGGUCGCACGAGUGCCCGCCAGUGGUCGAUGCCACCGCACGGAGCAGGAAGUGCCAGCGUCGGCGGCGACGGUUACAGCGGGAUGCAUGAAGGAAGAGCUGGGGGUGCAGACGCUCUUCGUCAUCGUGGUGCGUACACUUCUCCUGUGCGCACUACUCCCGCUUACCAAGGCCGGCGAGACGUGUAUGACAGGGAUAUGGAACGGAGGGAGGCAUGGUCUGCACAGCAGCAGUCCCAGCAGCAGCCGAGGCCGCGGGGGGUGAAUGGGUCGGCGGUACGCCCGUCAACCGGACACGCGUCGGCUAGAUGGAUGCCCGGCCCUACGGAAGCGUCCUGGGGGGGCGGCGGCGGAGAUGUUUACCGCUGAAAAUGGAGCUGCCUGGCAUGGUGUGCGGAUUGUUGAUACUGGUUGCAUGGUUGCUUUUGCAACAUAUACUUGUGCGAGUUUAGCUACGUUGUGGCCUGUCUAGCUUUGGGAGGUGAAUGCGCCACGGCCCGGCACUUAUACACGAUAUUUUCUGCAUCGUCCUACGCCGUUCUGUAAGUAAACCUCACUCCAACACCCUCUUCUAUUUGCAUGUGAUUUUACCUCAUUAGGUGCCAGUCAACCGCAUUUUACUGAAGGCUUCUCGUUCCUUUGUUCUUCCACCCAUCAGCAAUUCUUGGGGGUUCUUGGUGGUCUUAGUAGAGGACGUGUGCUCACGGUAGCGCUUUUUAGUUACAGCAGUAGUCUAAUAGCAUUGUUUUUUGUGUCGGAGGUUGGUUCAUGUUUCCAGCGGCACCACGGGUGGUUCAUGUGAUGAAGGGUCCUAAACUGAGUGCGCAAAAGUCGUGGUGUGAUUGAUAUCGUGCUCGGGUUGGUGAGGAGGCGGUUGGAUCGUUGUGGUUCUCGUAACCCUCGCUCAACGUCCUGCCCCAGCCUAAUCCUGUACGGCCGACAGGCGAGGUUAGCGUAGGCAUGCCGGUCGCCCCGGUGGU